CCACAUCUCUAUAACUCAUAGCCCCCAUAAACUCUUUUCAUGGAAACAACAUGGAGGCUCAGGCUACUGCUCUUCAUCUCUGUAUUCAUGCUCAUCAUAUUUCAGAUCAGGGCUGGUUCAACCCCCAAAACUGGGUUCCGCGUCGGGCUAACUCGAGUCGAUGCCAACCGUAAUUUCUCCAAAAUCGAGCUCCUCCAACGGGCCGCACGGCGCAGUCAUCAUCGUCUCGCACGAUUGACGGCGAGAUUCGUGAAAUCUGCCGCAGACACUCCUGCCACAGAUCAAUAUUCAGCCCCUGUCCACGCCGGCAAUGGAGAAUUCUUAAUGGAGCUAUCGAUCGGCACUCCGCCGGCGCCCUUCUCCGCCAUCGUUGACACCGGCAGUGAUCUUAUCUGGACUCAAUGCCAACCCUGCAUCGAAUGCUUCGAGCAGCCCACUCCCUUAUUCAACCCCAAAAAAUCCUCUUCCUUCACCACCCUCCCCUGUUCCAGCCCCCUCUGCGCCGCCCUCCCCACCUCAUCCUGCUCCCUCGUCUCCGGCCUCUGCAGUUACCUCUACACUUACGGCGAUUCUUCAUCCACUCAGGGCGUCCUCGCCGCUCCUUCCAUCUCGGCUCGCGACCCCACAGCCGCGCCGGCCAUCGGUUUCGGCUGCGGCGACGACAACCAGGGUGCAGGCUUCUCGCAAGGCGCCGGGCUCGUCGGACUUGGCCGGGGACCUCUCUCCCUCAUCUCCCAACUCAACCUUAACCGCUUCUCCUACUGUCUCACUUCGUUGGAUGAAUCAAAGGAGAGUCCUUUACUCUUCGGGAAGCUCGCGGAGCUCAAACCGAGCUCGACGGCGAAGCUUUUGACGAAUGCAGAGCAGCCGAGCUUUUACUAUCUGUCACUGAAGGGAAUAUCGGUGGGGGGGAAUGUGCUGCCGAUCCCCAACGGGACUUUUGAUUUGCAGAGUGACGGAAGUGGAGGGAUUAUUAUUGAUUCGGGGACUUCGAUAACGUACUUGGAGGAGGCAGCUUAUAAGCUGGUCAAAAAAGCGUUUUUAAAGGGGGUGGAUUUACCGGCGGCGGACGGGAGUGACGUGGGAUUGGAUGUCUGUUUUUCAACCCCACCGGGGCAGGAUGAGGUGGAGGUUCCGAAGCUCGUGCUGCAUUUCGACGGCGACGGCGAAGGAGGGGAUUUGGAGUUGCCGGCGGAGAAUUACAUGGUGUUGGACGGGCCGACGGGAUUGCUGUGCUUGACGGUGAUGGGAUCGAGAGGAAUGUCCAUUUUCGGGAAUUUUCAGCAGCAGAAUUUGCACGUAUUGUAUGAUCUAAAGAAUGAGGUGGUGUCGUUUGAGCCGACCAGAUGCGAUAAGUUGUGAUGAGCCGGGAAGGAAAGCCGGUCCGGUUUGGGCCGUCUGUUGGUUCCCAGUGCCCUGUUGGGAUUGGAUUUAGAGUACAAUGUUAAAAUUGUUUUUAUUAUUUAUAUAGAAUCGUUUAAUCCCAGAA